AUGAAGACACUCUCUGAUGAUGAAGUCAUUUUAAAGCUCACCUGUGAUAAUGAGCUCGAUCGCUGCACGGUCAUUGAUGACAUUAUCCCCGCCAAGCCAUCAAAGAUUCAUCCAGAGCGCCCCGUGUCCUGUUUCGGCCUACUAGGCAGUUUACCAGCAGAGCUGCUCCUCAUCACCGUUGACCCCCUAGACUUUCAGUCGCUAUCACGCCUUUCGCGGACCUGCUUGAGGGCCAAGAGAGUCGUCGAGAAUUUCGUGCCGUAUCAGCAGGUGAUUCAACAUGCACCGAAAGUCCCAACAGCGUUGAUCAAGACAAACCUCGCUGGUCAUUACCCGCCUUCAGUGGUGUAUCGCACGCUACGGACCGACCGCUGUGUUUCCUGCACGGACUUUGGGGCAUUCUUAUACCUGCCCACUUGCGAGAGAGUCUGCUUCGAGUGUCUUAAUCAGAACAGGGGACUGUGGAUGAUCACAAUACCGAUGGCUAAAAAGUACUUCGGCUUGACAUAUCAGCAAGUUCAGACACUCCCCAUCAUGCGCAUCAUCCCAGGGAGGUACUGUCUCCGGACACGUGACAAGACACACCAAAACCCUUUUCGGCUGGUCAGUGUGAAGGCUGUUAAGAGCUUGGCGAUUCAAGUUCACGGGUCUGUGGAAAACCUGGCCGCAUUUCUACCUUACCUGGGGACAAGAGCGGAGUACACCAUAGCGCAGUACAAUUUCUAUAAUAAGUUAAAGCGCUUCCACGAAGCGCCGGUGGAAGCACCAGGAUGCGAUAUGUCGAAACUUCCGCAACUACCUUUGGAUGCCAGCGAUUCGUUCGCAGGUGUGUCCAGUCUGCGCGCGCCGUACAUCACAGACACAGGAGCAGACUGGGGACAGCUUUGCAAGGGAUGUAAGAUCACGCACAGAGACUUCAGAUAUCAUGCUCUGCCUGGGACUGUUCAUGCACGAUUAUGUUCCCCCAAGGUGCUUAACCUCGCAUGGGGUGGUCAAAUCGACGAGAUUGCGCUCGCGGAAUGGGAUGUUGGCUCACGCGAGCCAUUGCUAUGGCGCACUGAAGAUCCUCAGGCAGUUGAACAAUAUUGA